CGAGGGGCCGCGGCCCCGCAUCGCCACCAGCCACUUAGCGCAGCACCUCGGGAAGCCCGUUUGCUUCGUGGGCCGACUGGAGAAGGUGAUAUACUGUGGCUGUGUGACACAUGAUGCGACUGAAACACGAUCAUCAGCAGAUAACUCUGAAACUAUAGAAAAUGAUGGUGAUCUUGAAGAGAAGCAAUGAAAUAACUUCAGUGCACUGGAUUCACCCAUCAGGGAAACUUUUCAUCCUUUCGGAUGGAGAAGGAAAAAAUACAACUGUUGAACUGAGCGAGCCUUUAGAUGAAGAACUCUCUGGUGUCAUUGAAGUAGUGGGAAGAGUUACAAAUCAGGCAACUAUCCUGUGCAUGUCAUAUGUCCAGUUCAGAGAAGAUAAAAGCGCUUUUGAUCUUGCGCUUUACAAUGAAGCACUGAAAAUUAUCCAUGAAUUUCCUGAGUACUUCCCAUUUGGUGUUACAAGGAAUGAUUGAUACUUCUUGGCACACACCUUCCAACUUCAGAGUAGACAAUAACUGCAUAGUGUAAUCUUAUUGUUGAGCAAGGAGGCUGAAAUUAUUUCGUGGAGGUGCUCAAGAGAUGUCUGUUGGCCAACUGCUAUUUGAACUGGACACUGUGGCAAGGUGCUACUGACUUCUAUUUCGUACUUGCGUCUUUGCUAACAAUCCUAAGUGCAGCCAGUGAAAAAAAUGUAGUUUUGUUGGAACUGAGAUCUUUUCAGUAAGAAGUAAAAUAUUAUUUUGACUUUUUUCAGGCAUUUUUUAUAUAUAUAUUGUGUGUAAUGUUUGUGGACCAGAGGAAUGUUUUAGUAAGCAAAUUGGUUUGUGUUUUUAAAAGAAAAAAAAUCAAUGUUUAAGUUUCGGUGUGCUUCCUCCCAUACCACAUGUAUCAGGUGUUCUAUAUGAUACUUAGCAGGAAAUGUGUAUUUAAAAUUAAGACAUUUUAUGGGCUGUAGCUUUAAAGAGUAUCUUUAAACUUGGAGUAUGCAAGCUUGGGUAUGAGUUCUUAUGUCUUGGAAACAGUCACUUUCCUUAGUUUGGCAAUAAAGCCUCAUACCUGACUUGAAUUAAA